UCCUGAGUGGUAAAAUUCUGUUAUAUAUCAGGAAAAUAUUCUAACACUUGGGAUUUGAGAUCACUUGACUUGGAUACACGACGGUCCAUAAUAAAUCGAUCAAAUGUAUUUAUAAAGCACCUUUUUAUGUCAGGAGAUAUCACAAAGUGCUUAUACAGAAACCCAGCCUACAACCCCAGUUGUGGUUCAGCUAGAAUAAGAUGAAUGCCUGGAAAGAAGAGUAGUAUUUGAGGCUAUUAGCUCUAUUUGCCUGUCAGAAGAAUCGUGGUGGAGUAUUGCGCUCCAGUAAACACCUUGCGUCCAGUGGUUGAUUCGCUGGAUGUAUUGUUGUCAUGAAUGAAUAAAAACGUGCGUGUGAGUCCGGGCGCAGUUCAGUCUGUAAGCAUGGAUACCACUAUUGGAGUCUCGUUUUUGGACCCGUUGAAUGAUUACGAGUUAAUUCAACGUAUUGGGACUGGCACGUAUGGUGAUGUGUUCAAGGCUCGAAACAUCAGGAGUUCAGCAAUGGCAGCCAUCAAAAUAGUCAAACUGGAUCCUGGUGAUAUCACAUCCAUCCAGCAGGAGAUCACUAUGAUGAAGGAAUGUAAGCACAAGAACAUCGUGGCCUAUUUCGGCAGCUAUCACAGGAACACAAAAUUAUGGAUAUGCAUGGAGUACUGUGGAGGGGGGUCGUUACAAGACAUUUACCACGUGACUGGGCCGUUCAAGGAGAAGCAGAUAGCCUACAUCUGCAGAGAAACCCUCCAGGGCUUGUACCACCUGCAUGAGACAAGUAAAAUGCAUAGGGACAUAAAGGGAGCAAAUAUCCUCAUCACAGAACGAGGAGACAUCAAACUGGCCGAUUUUGGAGUUGCUGCAGAGAUCAGUGCUUCUGUAGCCAAGAGGAAGUCUUUUAUAGGAACUCCCUACUGGAUGGCACCGGAGGUGGCAGCAGUGGAGAAGAAGGGGGGGUACAACCAUCUGUGUGACAUCUGGGCGGUGGGCAUCACGGCCAUCGAGCUGGCAGAGCUCCAGCCACCUAUGUUUGACCUCCACCCUAUGAGAGCCUUGAUGUUGAUGUCAAAAAGCAGCUUCCAGCCUCCCAGGCUCAAGGACAAGACCAAGUGGUCUGCAGCGUUCCAGAGCUUUGUGAAGAUGUCCCUCAUCAAGAACCCUAGGAAGAGGCCGUCGGCCGAAACUUUACUGCAGCACCCGUUUGUGACCCAGUUGCUGACCCGUAACCUGAUUAUUGAGCUGCUGGACAUGGCCAAUAACCCUGACCUCCACUCCACACACAGCAUGGACGACAACGAUCUGGAGAAUGGAGAAGCUGCUCCUGAUAAGAUCCAGUCUGCAGGGAAACUCCUGCCUGCAGAGAGGACUCUGUCUGAAGAGCAGCUUGACCAGGUGAAGUUUGGGCCUCCGUUGAGGAAAGUGACAGAGCCUUAUCCUGAUAUGCAAAGCUCGUACGGAGACGAUUGGGACGUCUCAGAAGAGGACACUGAGUCACCGAGCCUGUUGGAAUGUGUGGAGGAAGCUCUGCAGCUGAGGAGCUUAACCAUUAAGAGAGUGCCAUCUGCUGGUGGGGGUAAAGGUGGGAGGAAGAGUGGGUUAUUCAGCCCUUCCACAGCCUCCCUGCCUGCCAUCAGCUCAUUCUGUCCCACCCUGGAGGACAAGGACCUCACCCUUGGCCCCAGCUCCAGCCUGGGGCCCGACUCCACCCACACACCCAAAAACUUCACGUCAGUCUUGGCCAGGUGUUCUGCAACUCAGGACAUCAGCAGACAGUGGUGUAGUGACCCCAGUGUUUCUGAGGGGGGCGCCGUACAGGCAGAGAAGAAGAAGACAGAAGGGGUGACCUCAUCAUGCAGAGAAACCUCUCUCUCUCCAGAGUGGAGCACACUGAGGAGGAAGACGAACUCUAGAGCUGAUUGUCAUGGACUCCCUCCUACCCCUCAAGUUCAUAUGGGUGCCUGUUUCUCUAAAGUCUUCAAUGGUUGUCCUUUGAAGAUCCACUGUGCUGUGACCUGGAUUCUCCCUAAAACUAGAGAUCAGUAUCUUAUUCUGGGGGCAGAAGAGGGUGUCUACACCCUCAACCUCAACGAGCUCCAUGAGGACACCCUGGAGAAGUUGCUCCCACAGAGAUGUACAUGGCUGUUUGUCAUGAACAAUGUCUUGAUGUCCGUAUCAGGGAAGUCUUCCCAGCUGUACUCCCACAGUCUGACGGCUCUGUUUGAACAGAGGGGCCACAAGCAGCAGAAACAGAGUCACCUGUCCCUCAGUACCAACCGUCUCACUGAGAGGAUCAACCCCAGGCAGAGGAAAUAUGCUGUAACUGUGAAGAUACCAGACACUAAAGGCUGUCGAAGAUGCAGUGUGGCAAGAAACCCACACACAGACAGCACGUUCCUGUGUGGGGCUGUACCAUCAGGUCUAAUUCUACUCUUGUGGUAUGAGCCUCUGCAGAAGUUCUUGCAGCUCAAGCAUAUAGACAUGCGUCUACCGGAUUCUCUCCCUAUCUUUGAGCUACUGGUGUUAGUGAAGGAUGAGUUCCCACAGCUAUGUGUCGGGGUGGGGGACUGUGCUGCAGAGGGAGGGAAACCACCAACCAACCAGCAGCUGAAGUUCGACAUCAUAGAGUUGAACGGCACACCAAAUUCUUCACCAGAGAGUACGCCGGACCGGGGCCGGACCGGAGCCGGACCGGGAGCCAUGCAGGCAACACAGCUGGACAGAGACACGGUUCUCAUUGUACUUGAGAAGACUGUGAAGAUUGUCAACCUACAAGGUCUUCCCUCCAAGGAGCUGGCUGCUGAACUUGUCUUUGACUUCCCCAUUGAAACACUAAUUUGUUUACAGGACAGUGUUCUGGCUUUCUGGAAGCAUGGUCUUAAAGGGAGGAGCCUUCACACAAAUGAGGUCACGCAGGAAAUCACAGACGAAAGCAGAGUAUUCCAGGUCUUGGGGACGAAUAGGGAUAUUGUCCUUCAGAGUACCCCCACAGAGGACCCGUCAGCCAUGACCAACCUCUAUAUCCUGACUGGCCAUGAAAGCAGCUACUGAGAGAAGAGAGACAAGGACUGAAAGAAAAUAAUAGAUAUUGGGAUUUAAGUAAGAAGAGAAGAAGAGUGUGUCUUGAGAUGGGAAGUGCUUCUCUGGCACCUAAUAAACUCACUGUAGACUUGUCUCAAACUGAGCUAACCCCCUCUACCUGCAUAUGGGGAACAUACAGACCAUGGGGGACUCUCACACACUAAACCACAGGGAGAUAACUGAGCUGGUGUGUGUUUGAGGAAGGACUUGUAAAAAAAAGACUUGUCAGAGAGAGCCCCCUGUCGUGACCUCUAACCCCUUGAAUGGCACAAACUACUUUUAACCUUACACAACCCCAUUGUCUAUUUUUACUGGUAUGACUGAUAACUGAAGUCUGACCUGUCUCCUGAAACAACAUUGUGAACACCACCCUGCUCUGUCCAUUAACUGUAGUAUUACUAUGUGACGUCAUGGCAUAGGUGGCGCCGCUCCAAGAUGUCAACAUAAAUAGUUUAGAAAAUAUGUGCCAUAGAAUCAGAGUGCCAAAACAUUCUAAAAGUGCUUUGAAAGACUUUACUGAGAUCAAUUUAAAGGCCUGUUUCCCAGACCCAGAUGAAGACUAUUCCAGCACUAAAAAGAGCUUGCAACAUGUGUUUGUUUGCCACAAAGUGCUCAAAGACUGGUAGUGAUACUAUGUUGUGUUUAAUGGUUUUGGUUUGGUUUGGUUUGGUUGUGCAGUAUGAGGCCCAAUGUAACACUCAUCAUCCAUGAAAUACACUUGAAGGAGCAUGCAUGUUGCUUUUUGAAUUUUCUUUUAGGAAAAUCAUAUGAUGUGGGAAUAUGGAUUUAAGAGAUUUUAUGUAUACUUAGUUUUAACUUACGCCAAACAAUAGAUUUUUUUCAAAGACGAGAGAGAGAGAGAGAGAGAGUCGAAAAUAGCGGGUCCGAGACAAGGUAGCACAUCCGGUGAACCGUGAUUGGGAGUCCCAUAGGGUGGCGCACAAUUGGCCCAGCGUCGUCCGGGUUAGGGUUUGGCCGGGGUAGGCCGUCAUUGUAAAUAAGAAUUUGUUCUUAACUGACUUGCCUAGUUAAAUAAAUAAAUACAAAUAAAUGGUCCUAGGGCUCAGGUCCUCCGGGAGUGGAGGGAGAAUUAGAGGGAGCAUAGUUAAAUUCACACAGGACACCAGAUAAGACAGGAGAUUUAUAUCAGAUAUAACAGACUGACCCUAGCCCCCUGGAACAUAGACCAUUGCAGCAUAGAUACUGGAGCCUGAGACAUGGGAGGGGUGGGGGACACUGUGGCCCCGGACAGGGCAAACCAGGCAGGAUUAAAACCCCACCCACUUUGCCAAAGUACAGCCCACACACCACUAGAGGGAUAUCAACUUACUACCCUUACCACUAGAGGGAUAUCAACUUACUACCCUUAGACAAGGCUGAGUAUAGCCCACAAAGAUUUCCUCCACCGCACAAGAACGAAGGGUCGCAAAACUGGACAGGAAGAUCACGUCAGUGACUCAACCCACUCAAGUGAUGUACCCCUCCUAGGGACGGCAUGGAAGAGCACUAGUAAGCCAGUGACUCAGCCCCCUGCAAUAGAGUCAGAGACAUGGAUUAGCUUUUCUGCAUCAUUUUUUACCCCAAAAAUCUGAUUUUUGCAAUGUUACAAAGAUGGAGAAAAGCUGCCCUUGAAAUAUUAUUGAUAAGUUCGUCAAAAGAGAGAUCGGGGUCCAGAGUAACGCCAAGGUCCUUCACAGUUUUAUUUGAGACGACUGUACAACCAUCAAGAUUAAUUGUCAGAUCCAACAGAAGAUCUCUUUGUUUCCUGGGACUUUGAACUAGCAUCUCUGUUUUGUCCGAGUUUAAAAGUAAACCAUUGGUUGCCAUCCACUUCCUUAUGUAUGAAACACAGGCUUCCAGGGUAGGCAAUUUUGGGCCUUCACCAUGUUUCAUCAAAAUGUACAACUGUGUGUCGUCCGCAUGACAUUUUUAUCAUGUGUAUCUGCCGUCUCAUUGGCUAGAAUUGUAUUACCUGAUCUUACCUCCUGAAUACCUUCCAUUUUUGAAGAAAUGUAUUUUCAUUGUUAGAGCAGCCACUUGAGUAUCUGGUCAAUAUAAUGGAUAAUCUGUGGCUGAGGCCAAUAUAGAGUGAUAGGAAUAAUGUACUUCAGUAGUCUUUUUUUGAGCUAAGAUAGAUGAUGAGGAGGAGACCUGGCUGAUGACCCAGUGGGAGUAAAAUAAGUUGGGUACUGUUAAAUCGGUGAAGGUAGCUCGAAGUGGACUUGUGAUGAUUUUCUGUGUUUCUUCCGUCCAGAGGUAGCGGGUGCCUCGUGUCACGUGCCUCCGGACAAGACCUGUGACUUGCUUUGCUCUCUAGAGCAGGGCGCCUUUGAAAGAAUUCAUUGGGGGAGUGACGUUGUGUUGAGGUGGAGCAACUGAAAUUGAAGAUUCCCUGUGUCUGUGACACCUGCCGUUUGGGCCACGCAGACCCAGUGGCGAGCGUGGUGAAACUUAGAAGACAUUGUCUGUCUUUUUUUGUUUUAAAGCAGUCUUUACCUGAUAAAGCCAUGUUAGGAUAUGUCAGUUAUACCGUUAUAUAGCUUUUGUGCCAAACCCACUAAGGUGUUUCAGAUGCCAAGCUUAUGGUCAUGUUGCAGCAGUGUGUAGGAGGGAGAUUCCGAGACGUGAGAAGUGUGCAGGAGGGCAUGGGACAAAGGAGUGUGUGGUAUCGGUGGAAAAAACAGUGUCAAUUGUGGGGGUGCCCAUGUCGCUAGGGAUCAGAAGUGACCGGUGCGAGAGAGACAGGCUGAUGUUGCCAGGGUUAGAGUAGAACAAAAGGUGUUGUAUGCUGAGGCAGUGAAAAGAGUUGCCCUAGAGCAGCUUUUCCCAAACUCGGUCCUGGGGACCCAAAGGGGUUGGUCCUGGGGACCCAUUCUGGUUGUUUCCCUAGUACUACACAGCUGAUUCAAAUAACCAAAACUUGAUGAGUUCCUUAUUUGAAUCAGAUGUGUAGUGCAAGGGCAAAAACCAAAACGUGCACCUUUUGGGGUCCUCAGGACCGGGUUUUGGAAACGCUGAACUAGUGGUAUAUAGAUGUACUAUAGGGUUAGUUAGUGGUAUGUAGUAGUGCUGUAUAGAUGUAGGGUUAGUUGGUGGUAUGUAGUAGUGCUGUAUAGAUGUAGGGUUAGUUGGUGGUAUGUAGUAGUGCUGUAUAGAUGUAGGGUUAGUUGGUGGUAUGUAGUAGUGCUAUAUAGAUGUAGGGUUAGUUGGUGGUAUGUAGUAGUGCUAUAUAGAUGUAGGGUUAGUUGGUGGUAUGUAGUAGUGCUGUAUAGAUGUAGGGUUAGUUGGUGGUAUGUAGUAGUGCUGUAUAGAUGUAGGGUUAGUUGGUGGUAUGUAGUAGUGCUGUAUAGAUGUAGGGUUAGUUGGUGGUAUGUAGUAGUGCUGUAUAGAUGUAGGGUUAGUUGGUGGUAUGUAGUAGUGCUAUAUAGAUGUAGGGUUAGUUGGUGGUAUGUAGUAGUGCUAUAUAUAUGUAGGGUUAGUUGGUGGAUAUUUUAUCCCUUUCCCCUUAUUUUUGUAUCACAAAAUGCAACGUUAUCGACCACACACCACCGCACAGUAGGUGGCAGCAUGCACAAACAAAAUGUGUGAAUGCCAUGAUACUAAAGAAUAAGAUAUCUUUUACUAAGGUUGGCGUCUUAGCGUUCAUAGCCAUGGUUAUCAACUGUACUGCAUAAACGGAACGUCAAUCACAGCAAUCACAGCAUGCAGUUCGGGGCCUGGCUCAAUGGGGGGACUCCGCCCACGUUUGACCCCGCCCACCAGUGUUUUUUUUUGUCCAUCUGAGGUUUGACAGUCACACACUGAAUACAAACACACACAUUUGUGCAAGGCACACGUUGAAUACAAACGUAUUUCAUUUUUGAAGAUCGUAAGAAAUAUUAUAUGAAGUGGUACCAGCACAUAACACUUUUUGCUUCAUGCUAUAUUUGAGACAUUGUUGCAGUGAACAACAGACUUGUUAUGUAUGUCAUGUACUGUUACAAUUGUGUUGAUAAAUGUUAUAACUUUGUAA